AGAGGCAGCCCGGCGGGGAUGGAGGCGCCCGGCUGCUGGGGGCUGCUGCUGGCCCUGGGGCUGCUGCGGGAGGCGGCGGCCACCGCCCCGACAGAGGCGCCCACAGCCCACGUCCUGUCCCGCGUGCUGUUCUGCCAGCCUGACCGCCCCUCGCUGGGCCUGGCCGACACCUUCGACGGGGACCAGCUGUUCUCGUUCGACUUCCCGGGGGCGCGCUGGGAGGCCCGGCUGCCUGACUUCCAGCCCUGGCUGGGCGCCCAGGAGAGCAAGGAGCAGAUCCGCAACGACUCCAGUCUGUGCCAGCAACUGCUCUCGGUGCUCAGCAACAUCAGCACGGGCGUGCUGCCCGAGGCCAGAGGCACCCCCAUGGCCAACGUGUUCACAGCCCAGCCCCUGGAGCUGGGAAAACCCAACACCCUGAUCUGCCAGGUGGGCAACCUCUUCCCGCCCUCGGUGACCGUGUCGUGGCAGCGGCUGGGGGAGCCCGUGAGCCAGGGCGUCAACACCACGCGAUACUACCCCACCGAGGACCUGGGCUUCCUGCUCUUCUCCUACCUGGAGUUCACCCCGCAGGAGGGGGACAUCUACACCUGCACCAUCACGCGGCCCAGGGACCGCUUCUCCACCGUGGCCUAUUGGGGUGAGGGAGCCCCCCGGCCUGCUCCUUGAUACGCCCCCUGCACC